AAUGGAAAAUCAAGAAACUCACAUUCAUACUGACUGGGCAGAGUUUAUCCAAAGGACGAUUUGCGAUUUGCAAUUGGAAAUGGAUUCGCCCUCGUCUUCUAUAUAAGUGGAAAUUUUGCGCCACUCAUUUCUGGUUGAAUCGAAGCAGAAGCAUCAAUGGCAGGGGGAGGAGUGCUCGACGCCAACAGUGGAGCCAGGGCGCAUCUCUACGAGUAUCGGAUCACUCCCUACUUCGUUUUCGCUUGCAUUGUCGGCUCCCUCGGCGGCUCUCUAUUCGGCUAUGAUCUCGGCGUCUCCGGAGGAGUGACUUCCAUGGAUGAUUUCCUGGAGGAGUUCUUCCCUCACAUCGCCCGCAGGAAGAAAGCAAAAGGAGGGGAAACAGACUACUGCAAGUACGACAACCAAGUCCUCACUCUCUUCACAUCCUCACUAUACUUCGCCGCACUCGUUUCGACAUUCGCUGCUUCCUACGUUACUCGAAACAAAGGCAGGAAGGCCAGCAUCAUCUGCGGAUCCAUCAGUUUCUUCCUUGGCGCCGUCCUCAACGCCGCCGCACAGAACAUCGCAAUGCUCAUCCUCGGCCGGAUUCUGCUCGGCGUAGGAAUCGGUUUUGGCAACCAAGCAGUUCCUCUGUAUCUCUCAGAAAUGGCGCCGGCGAAGAUAAGAGGAGCCGUGAACCAGCUGUUCCAGCUCACCACAUGUUUGGGAAUCCUCAUUGCAAACUUCGUCAACUAUGGCAUCGAACAUCUUCAUCCUUGGGGAUGGCGACUAUCGCUCGGCUUGGCUGCAGUUCCCGCCACUCUCAUGUUUGUCGGCGGCCUUUUCCUCCCGGAGACGCCCAACAGCCUUGUCGAGCAAGGGAAGCUGGAAGAAGGCCGCAAAGUGCUCGAGAAAGUCCGAGGGACCCCAAAAGUCGACGCAGAGUUUCAAGACCUCAUCGAAGCAAGCAAUGCAGCAAAAGCGAUCAAGCAUCCGUUCCGGAAUCUUCUGAGGAGGAAAUAUCGACCCCAGUUGAUUUUAGGCGCAAUCGGGAUACCAGCAUGUCAACAGCUGACCGGGAACAACUCGAUCCUGUUCUACGCUCCGGUUAUAUUCACAAGCUUGGGAUUCGGCUCCAAUGCUGCCCUGUACUCAUCCGCCAUCACAAGCGCCGCCCUCGUUCUCGCAACACUGAUAUCCAUGGCUCUCGUCGACAAGUUUGGCAGGCGUGCCUUCUUUCUCGAAGCCGGCUGCGAACUCAUCUUCUGCUUCGUGGCGGUCGCGAUUACGCUAGCCCUGAAUCUCCGGGAUGGGAAGGAGAUAUCGAGAGGGAUAGGGGUCUUCCUAGUGAUCGUGCUGUUCUUGUUCGUGCUGGCGUACGGGCGAUCAUGGGGGCCUCUGGGGUGGCUAGUCCCGAGCGAGCUGUUUGCGCUGGAGACACGGUCGGCGGGACAGAGCAUGGUGGUGUGCGUGAACAUGAUAUUCACGGCGCUGAUUGCGCAGUGCUUCCUGGCGGCGCUGUGCCACCUGAAGUACGGUAUAUUCUUGCUGUUUGCAGGGCUGAUAUUCUUGAUGAGCUGCUUCAUAUACUUUCUGCUGCCGGAGACGAAGCAGGUGCCGAUCGAGGAGAUCUAUUUGCUGUUUGAGAAUCACUGGUUUUGGAAGAGGUACUGUAAGCCUGAGGAGGACGACGGGACUCCUCCGACGAGGGCGUAGCAGCUGGCCAGGCAGGCAAACAGAGGUUAGUUUGGUUGUGUUCUUCUUUUUUGUUUUUGUAAUUUGACACAAGUGCUGCAAGGGAUAUUUAAUUGUAAUGCCAAAUAUCUAUCAACCAUAUAAUAUGAUAUUCAUUUCCCCAGA